AUGUCUACCUCCCGCUUCUUCGAGGACAUUCGCAAUCGGGUAGGUAGCGUCAUCGACAUAUACAUGCAUGGGGUCGACCCCUCGACGGCUGAUGAAUUCGCAGGUCUGAUUCGCCUCCUGAAGGAGAAUUCCAUGGAGAGUAUCUCCAACCUGCCUUUGAAGCGCCAGGCCAAUAUCUUCGACGAAGCUGUGGCCCGGAUUGUUCUGCAGAAAGCCGCAAACACCGCCCACGACAGUGCCGAGCAGACCACAUUGCUCAGGCUCGCUCGUGCCAUGCUAUACGCGCCCAGUAUUCCCAACCCCGCCGGCACGCUCAACGUAGAGUCGCUCAUCGAUGAAGCCUCAGCCAAGCUCAUGAGCCUCCGCACUGGAUUUGUGGACUGGAUUCACGAGUCAGGCGAGAUCAACGAGGCGACAAAGCGAGAUCUUCAUGCCUAUGACAAUAUCAGUUGCUUCAUUGGUGUACUGUUCACAACGCUGAUAACGUCGCCAGAUUUGAAUCACACGGAUGCUGUAAAAGCGCUAAGCGAGUUCGGCUUUGGCCUCUUGUCCAACAUCAUUCAUGUCGAUUUGGAGAAUGACCUCACGCGGCCUAUUCGGAUUUCCAUGUAUCAUGCUCUGUUCAUCUGGCUAGCAGAGACCUCUGAGCUCUUCUUGAAACAGCUGCGAAACUUCCCUGAUGAGCUGGAUGAUUGGCUCGAUGGACUUGAGUCCUUCUUUGACAUGCUGAAAGUGGAUCCUGAAGAACUCGGACUGGACUAUCUUCGCACCACUACCAGAGUCUUGUGUGCAUUCUUUGACCUCGAAUAG